AUGCACGGAGUACGACAAAAAAAUCGUCCGGGAUGCUGUCUUCGAGCAAACAGAACACUUUGCAGAAAUGAGAUUAAUCGCAAUGUCUGCACUUGUUUCAGGGAUGAUCCCGACAUGGAAGCUCUCGCUGAAAUGAUAGAAAGCGAGACAGGACUGAGCAAGAAGUUUAGCCUUAUCUCAAAUACCAAGACUUCAACGGAGUUAGUAGAUGCCUUCAAAGCCUUCAACACAACUGAAGAGGUGUCGAAAGAAAUGGAAGAUGUGUUUAUUGGCUCUGACAAUUAUAUUACUGAAGAAAUCAAGGAAAAGGGUAAGUCGCCCUAUAAACGUAGAGUGACUUUACGAGCAGAUUACUGA